AUGGCACACAGAAAUGUAUACCAAAAGUUGGGUUUUCGCAUUUCUGAAGAAGUACAACUUUUGGCGGAGGAAAAAUGGAUAGUUGAAGCUCUGGCACAAAUAAAGAACCAGCGUAAUUGUUUACAGAUAGAAAGACUGCACUUGGAAAGCUUGAAAUCGAAGUUAAAAACGAGUCAAAGCAAAAACGUCCCUGAAACAAAUUUAAACAUACAAGAAGAUAGUGUAGCGAGUACAUCCGCUGUUAACAUAAUGCAAACUGUGUCUACUGGGAAAGCCAAUGAUAAAGAGAUGAAAAUAAACGAAGAAUUUUGUAAUGAAGAAGAGCUGAAUUUGAUGGUAUCCACUCCUGCAUUCAUGAAAAGCAACAACAAUGAUGAUUUCAACAUGGAGGAAGACGAAGAAGAAAGUGAUGAUGACAUGUUCAUAGAUAUGAACAUGUUGAUGAAUGGAACUGCAAAA